CUUCGCCCUCCUCCUACAUCCCUGUCCCGCGCUUUGCCUAUUGGUUGCAGGGGCUGCGCUCGGGGGGAGCCCAGUCAUUUUCUAUAUAACCAACCACUCCAUUCAGAGAGACCUCAGCAAGUCACGAGAGGGGAGAAACAUUCCCCUGAGCACGAGCCCACACACACGACCAACUCCAGGAUCUACAGCACUGCAGUUCUCCAGGGCCUGCAGGACAUGCCCAGCUGCCCGUGCACUGGGAAGGAGCCGUGAGAGGGGAAGAAACUGAUCCCAGGAGCAUCCAGAGUCUGUGGCCAUGAGGAAGAUCCCACCAAGACCCGAGCAAGGACGUCCCUCAAGCACGGUGAGGACUUCUGGCACCAACUUUGCCUUUCAGUCCUCAAUGACAAGAGUCCCAGCUCCCACCACUCUGGCCAUUUUCCUGACUUGCCUCUUCUCUGGGGCACAGAGCCAGACCCCAAGGGCUUUUCAGGAGAGCACCAACCCCUUUGAGCUGCUCAGCCAGGAGCAGGCGUACAGCCUGGUCCAGCCAAGCCUGUUCCAGGACACCAAGCUGUCAAACCACUCGGAGACCCUCCCCAGGAGCACCAGCUCUGAGCCGCCCCUGCUGCCCGUGUGCGUGAAGCCUGCGGAUAUCAGACACAUCUUCAAGUACAUCAACACCAUUGUGUCCUGCACCAUCUUCAUAGUAGGGAUCAUCGGGAACUCCACGCUCCUGAGGAUCAUUUACAAGAACAAGUGCAUGAGGAAUGGGCCGAAUGUCCUCAUUGCUAGCUUGGCGCUCGGAGACCUCCUCUACAUCCUCAUUGCUUUGCCCAUCAACGUAUAUAAGCUCUUGGCAAAGGACUGGCCCUUUGGUGUGCAGGUGUGCAAGCUGGUCCCCUUCAUCCAGAAAGCCUCAGUGGGCAUCACCGUCCUCAGCCUUUGUGCUCUCAGCAUCGACAGGUACCGAGCAGUGGCAUCCUGGAGUCGGAUCCAGGGGAUAGGAAUCCCCAUGUGGAAGGCAGUGGAGGUGAUGCUGAUCUGGGCAGUGGCCAUUGUGCUCGCAGUCCCUGAAGCUAUAGCCUUUGACAUGGUGGAGCUCAGCUACUGGGAACGACACCUGUGGGUGUGCAUGCUUGCCUCCGAACAGAAAUCCAGCUUCAUGAUGUUCUACCGGGAUGUGAAGGACUGGUGGCUUUUUGGCUUCUAUUUCUGCCUCCCCUUGGUAUGCACUGGCAUCUUCUACAGCCUCAUGUCAUGCGAGAUGUUGAGCAAGAGAAAUGGCAUGAGAAUUGCUCUGAAUGACCACAUGAAACGGCGCCGGGAGGUGGCCAAGACCGUGUUCUGCCUCGUGGUGAUCUUUGCACUCUGCUGGCUGCCGCUCCACCUCAGCCGCAUCCUCAAAAAGACCAUCUAUGACCAGACGGACCCCAACAGAUGUGAACUGCUCAGUUUCCUCCUAGUGAUGGAUUACUUCGGGAUCAACAUGGCCUCCCUCAACUCCUGCAUCAACCCUGUGGCUCUUUACUUCGUCAGUCGGAAAUUCAAGAACUGCUUCCAGUCCUGCCUGUGCUGCUGGUGCCAGCGACCUGCUCUGAGCAUCACACCGACAGAUGAGAAGGGCUCUGUUGGGAAGUGGAAAGCCAACGGGCAGGAGCUUGGGCUGGACCAGAGCAGCUCCCGCUUGAGUAAUAAGUACAGCUCUUCCUAAAGCCAUGCCACCCGUGGGGCCGAGAGGAGAAGGCACCAUGCCAGGACAGCAGGAGCCCUCCGUUGCUCUCACAUGGCCAUCUCCUGGCUGGGCCUGAAUCGUUUUUGCCUUCGUGUCGUAACCCACCUGGAAGGAGCUGCAGCAUUUCAUGGACCCCUGAGACUAGCGCUGAACCACACCGAUCCAUCCUCUGGUCUGAGUCGUCUCUGGAGGAGGGGGAAGGGGAUUCAGAUCCUUAUAGGAUAUUUCACUUCCUUGCAGGAAAACCAAGUGACUUAUGGCCAUUUGUCUUGGGUGGAAACAUGGGGUGGGGAGAUGUGUGUGGAAAGGGAAGGAAGGUUGAGAUGUGGUCACUUUGAGAUGGAUGUGGGAUGAGGAGGAGAGGGAGAAGACCAUGAGUGAAAAUUUCCAGCUGAAAAAGCCAAAGAAAGGCUUUGAUAACAUCCCUUAUCAUCUCCCUCUGCUGCUGGGACAGUUUGUCUUUGGGCAGAGCCAGGAUAAGAUCCAGGCACCAUCCAUGUCUGGUAGACCAUCAAUGGUGUGAUAUCUCCUCCUGUUCAUGGUAGGGAGAGGUGGGCAGUACUUGGCUUCAUUGUGUGACCAACCUGACUGGGGGAGCCCCAAAAGCCCCCCCUUCUCUUCACCUUUUCCUGGGAAAUCCAGCCCAGGCUCCCCACCCAGGAAUGAUGUUCACCCCACCUGUGUAUGGCACGAGAAAACGGUUGUGUGGGACCGCAGGGCUGUGGCUUAGGGGAUCGGCUAUCCCUGCUAGAAGCUAGUGGCAGCAUCCAGCCAAACCAUCAGCUCCUGCUCCCCCCUCCAGGCGAGCUCAGGGCGCUGUUGCUGGCUCAAGGGGAAGUCUGUAAGCCCAGGAAAGGGAAGGCAGAAAUGGCUCAAAUUUGGGUGAGGCUGGGACCAAGGAACCAGCCUCCACCUUUCCAGCUCCCUGCGUAAACUGGAAGCAGCUAAUUCUGCUGGAUAUAGGAUGCAGGGGAGAGGAUCCAGAUCUGCCCUUCCAGAAGAGCAUCCAGCCUUGAUCCGUGGUCUUCAGCAGCUGCAAAGUCCACCGCCUCCUUAAGCCACUGGCUCCUGGGAGGGGGAUCGCCUGGAAGACCACGGCUCUGAAGGGAAAACAGGGGUGCCCUGCAUUUUAAUGACUGUAGCUCAUGUUCCGCCUGCCAACAAGGCUGAGCUCCAACAGGGCAGUGGGGCUGGACCCCAAUGUGCCUUGGCCACAGCACCAUGACACCAAGGUUCAUGCCAUUUCUAAGGGGGACAGAGAUGCUCAUCCUCAUGGUCAGACUAAGGUGGAAAAGGCAAUGGGGAAAGUCCAAUCUCAACCGAAUGAGCCGCUACAGCUAACUGAAAUAUGGCAAAGAGCUUCCACAAAUUUACUAUUUAAAGUAAUGAAUCCCCGAGUGCUUUUCCAGCAUGUUUUUCCAAAAAGUCAUGCUUGCAUCUCUUGCCAAAACUUUAAGAAAACCUGUAUGAGAAAGUUUUAGUCACCAAGCUUUUGAUGAUUUUUCCUGGGGUUUUUUUUCCUUCUCUCUUUUACCUCUCUCCCUUUCUUCUUUCCCUUUCUCAUCUUGUCAUGAGGGAAAAAAAAAAAAAAAAACAGAGAGAGGAAAAAGGAAGAGAAAAGACCUGCAAAUAAAGCAAAACACUUGCCAGGUGUCGGUGGUUUUUUAGCUUAGCUUUCACUGAAAUGCAAAUAUUUUACAAACAAAUUACAUUUCUGAAAGACAAAAGGGUUUCGACAAAAACAGAAAGCGAGCAAUAUCUAGACUACCAUGUUUUCCAUAAACUUACCUACCUACUGUAGAGUUGUCUGUAUCAAUUCCACAGCGCUGCUGCUGUGCUUUGCCCUACAGCUGGCUGCAUUUUGUUGGUGGACAGAUGAAGUCAACAGAGAAAAUUGAUAAAGACUGAAGCAUUCCCUGCAGA